UCCUCGCUCGCCGGCCGGGAGGCCCCGGAGCCGGCCCAUGGGGAGCGGGUGCCCGGCGUCGGCCAGCAAGACCGCCGCCGCCGCCCGCGCUGCGCCCAGCCUGUGAAGCCCAGGGACCCCCGUGGGAGAUCCCCAUGAGGGCAGGAGAGUGAUGGAGAGUAUGCCCAGCUUCCUGAAGGACACCCCCACCUGGGAGAAGACAGCCCCUGAGAACGGCAUCGUGGGACAAGAGCUGGGUACCCCACCUCAAGAUGGCCUGCGCCAUGGGGCAUUGUGCCUGGGAGAGCCUGCUCCCUUCUGGAGGGGCGUCCUGAGCUCCCCAGACUCCUGGCUUCCCCCUGGCUUUCCCCAGGGCCCGAAAGACACGCUCUCACUGGUGGAGGGCGAGGGCUCCCGGAAUGGGGAGAGGAAGGUCAGCUGGCUGGGCAGCAAGGAAGGACUGCGCUGGAAGGAGGCGAUGCUGCCCCAUCCACUGGCCUUCUGCGGGCCAGCGUGCCCACCUCGCUAUGGCCCCCUGAUUCCUGAGCAUGGUGGUGGCCAUCCCAAGAGUGACCCUGUGACCUUUCGGCCCUUGCACUGCCCUUUCCUGCUGGAGACCAAAAUCCUGGAGCGAGCUCCCUUCUGGGUGCCCACCUACUUGCCACCCUAUCUGGUGUCUGGCCUGCCCCCAGAGCGACCGUGUGAUUGGCCUUUGGCCCCCCACCCCUGGGUAUACUCCGGGGGCCAGCCCAAAGUGUCCCCUGCCUUCAGCUUAGGCGGCAAGGAUCUCUGCCACAAGGAUUCAAGCACUCUCAGGCUGGCAAAGGAGCCCUUGGCAGCGUCGGAGCCUGGGUUGUUGGGCUUAGCCCCCAAUGGGCAUCUCCAGAGAGCCCCUUCACUCCACCAGAGGAAUGGGGAGACAGGCGCUGGCAGGCAGCAGAAUCUUUGCCCACUUUUCCUGGGGCACCCAAACACUGUUCCCCGGGCUCCCUGGCCCACUUGUCCCCCAGGUCUGGUUCAUUCUCUUGGCAAUGUCUGGGCUGUGCCAGGCAGUGGCAGCCUCGGGUACCAGCUGGGGCCACCAGCCACACCAAGGUGUCCUUCUCCUGGGCCUCCUAUCCCCUGCUGCUCAUCCCACCCACCUGCUAGAAAGGGGGAUCUUGGCCCUUGUGGGAAGUGCCAGGAGGGCCUAGAAGGGGACACCAGUGGGCCAGGGGAACCCAGUGAAGAAGUGAGCAAGGCCACUGGUCCCAGGGCCUGUCCCACAAGCCACCACACCAAGCUGAAGAAGACAUGGCUCACACGACACUCAGAGCAGUUUGGGUACCCGGGCAGCUGCCCUGAGGAUGAGGAGAGUCCAGCUGCCCGGCUCCGGGCCUUCAAGAGGGCAGGCAGCCCUGAGGUUCAGGGAGCAGAGGGUGGCCCAGCCCCCAAGCGGCCACCCCACCCUUUCCCAGGCACUUCAGGGAAGAGGGCCAGGGCUUGGCAGGAGGUGCUGGACACGUCCAUAGGGAGCGAGGCACAGACAGAAGGACAGGAGGAAGAGAGAGGACCCCAAGAUGGCAGGACCAGCCUCCAGAACCCUGUGCCUCAGGACACACCUUGCCCAUCUCUCUCGGCAGGCAUCACUCAAUGUCAAAGUUGUGCCCAGGCAGCUGGAGAGGUGGGAGGGCUGGCUGGUCACUCCCAGGAGGUACAGAGAUUGCCCCGGGGAGAAGAGCAGCUGCCUGAAGAGGACUCCCCAGCAAGUUCCAAGGAAGGAGGAGGCUCUGGCCUGAAGGACCAGGCCAGGAUCAGCAAGGGCUUGGCCAAACACCUGCUGAGUGGUUUGGGAGACCGACUGUGCCGUCUAUUGCGGAAGGAGCGGGAGGCCCUGGCCUGGGCACAGCGCGAAGGCCAGGGGCCAGCUGUCACAGAGGACAGCCCAGGCAUUCCACACUACUGCAGCCGUUGCCACCAUGGACUCUUCAACACGCACUGGAGAUGCCCCCGUUGCAGCCACCGGCUGUGUGUGGCCUGUGGUCGCAUGACUGGUGUGGGGAGAGCCAGAGAGAAAGCAGGCUCUCAGGAGCAGUCUACACGGGAGUGUGCCCAGGAGGCUGGGCAUGUUGCCUGUUCCCUGAUGUUAACCCAGUUUGUCUCCAGCCAGGUGCUGGCAGAACUGAGCACCGCCAUGCAUCAGGUCUGGGUCAAGUUUGACAUCCGAGGGCACUGCCUCUGCCAAGCUGAUGCCUGGGUGUGGGCCCCUGGAGAUGGAGGCCAGCAGAAGGAGCCGACUGAGAAAACUUCCCCGACUUCACAACCUUCCUGUAAUGGAGAUUCCAACAGGACCAAGGACAUCAAAGAGGAAACUCCAGACUCCACUGAGACCCCAGCAGAGAAUCGUGCGGGCCGAGCCCCCCUGCCUUGUCCUUCUCUUUGUGAACUGCUGGCUUCUACUGCUGUCAAACUCUGCCUGGGGCAUGAGAGGAUCCACAUGGCCUUUGCCCCUGUCACUCCAGCCCUGCCCAGUGAUGACCGCAUCACAAACAUCCUGGACAGCAUCAUUGCACAGGUGGUAGAACGCAAGAUCCAAGAGAAAGCCCUGGGGCCAGGUCUUCGAGCAGGGCCAGGUCUUCGUAAGGGCCUGAGCCUGCCCCUGUCGCCAGUGCGGCCCCGGCUGCCUUCUCCUGGGGCCUUGCUGUGGCUGCAGGAGCCCAGGCCUCAGCAUGGCUUCCAUCUCUUCCAGGAGCACUGGCGGCUGGGCCAGCCCGUGCUGGUGUCAGGGAUUCAGAGGACAUUGCAGGGCAGCCUGUGGGGAAUGGAUGCUCUUGGGACACUUGGAGGCCAGGUGCAGGUGCUGAGUGCCCUUGGGCCUCCCCAGCCUACAAGCCUGGACAGCACAGCAUUCUGGGAAGGAUUCUCCCGGCCAGAGACUCGCCCAAAGUCAGAGGAGGGCUCUGUCCUGCUGCACCGAACUCUGGGAGACAAGGACACCAGUAGGGUAGAGAACCUGGCCUCCAGCUUGCCACUCCCAGAGUACUGUGCCCACCAUGGGAAACUCAACCUGGCUUCCUACCUCCCACCGGGCCUCUCCCUAUGUCCGCUGGAGCCCCAGCUCUGGGCAGCUUAUGGUGUGAGCCCACACCGUGGACACCUGGGGACCAAGAACCUAUGUGUGGAGGUGGCUGACCUGGUCAGCAUCCUGGUACACGCAGAGGCACCACUGCCUGCCUGGCACCGGGUGCAGAAAGACUUCCUCUCAGGCCUGGAUGGGGAAGGACUCUGGUCUCCAGGCAGUCAGGUCAGCACUGUGUGGCACGUGUUCCGGGCACAGGACGCCCAGCGCAUCCGUCGCUUUCUCCAGAUGGUGUGUCCGGCUGGAGCAGGGACCUUGGAGCCUGGUGCCCCAGGCAGCUGCUACCUGGAUGCAGGGCUGCGGAGGCGCCUGCGGGAGGAGUGGGGUGUGAACUGCUGGACCCUGCUGCAGGCCCCUGGAGAGGCUGUGCUGGUGCCUGCAGGGGCACCCCAUCAGGUUCAGGGUUUGGUGAGCACUGUCAGUGUCACCCAGCACUUCCUGUCCCCUGAGACCUCUGCCCUUUCUGCUCAGCUCUGCCACCAGGGACACAGCCUGCCCUCUGACCAUCGCCUGCUUUAUGCUCAGAUGGACUGUGCUGUGUUCCAAGCAGUAAAGGUGGCUGUGGGAACAUUACAGGAGACUAAAUAG